UCUUCAUCUUCAACGUUAAACCCUGCACCUCCCAUCGACAGUUAAACCCUAGCGUCACCAUUGAGAUGGGGUUGAAGCUUCUUCAAAGAAUUGCGACUGCGAUUGAAAUUGGGAAGAGUAGCAGGUCAUACUACACAAGCAGGACCAAGAAACCAAGCCUCUACUCCAAAAUCAGCCCACUUGGAAAUCCCAAUACGAGUGUGGUUGGGGAGCUCGACGAUUGGGUCUACAAGGGGAACAAGGUUCGUGUCGGAGAGCUUCAGCGCCUCAUUCGUGAUCUUCGCAAACGCAGCAGAUUCUCCCAAGCCCUUCAGGUAUCUGAGUGGAUGAAUAAGAAUGGUGUGUGCAUAUUUUCGCCAACGGAACAUGCGGUGCACUUGGACCUGAUCGGCAAGGUUCAUGGAUUUUCUUCGGCGGAAAGCUACUUUGAUAGCUUGAAGGAACAAGACAAAACUGAGAAGGCAUAUGGUGCUCUCUUGAAUUGCUAUGUUCGACAGCGCUUAACUGAUAAGUCCCUUGCCCAUUUUCAGAAAAUGAAGGAGCUGGGGUUUGCUUCAUUGUCGCUAACUUACAAUGACAUUAUGUGUCUGUACACGAAUGUUGGACAGCAUGAGAAGGUUCGUGAUGUGCUGAAUGAGAUGAAGGAAAACCAAGUUUUGCCGGAUAACUUCAGCUACAGAAUCUGUAUAAAUUCUUACGGCAUGAGGCAGAAUAUUGAUGGAAUGGAAGAAAUAUUGAAGGAGAUGGAGAGUCAACCACACAUUGUGAUGGACUGGAACACUUACUCUGUCGUGGCAAAUUCCUAUAUAAAAGCAGGACUUACAAGUAAGGCAGUUGGUGCUCUAAGGAAAUCUGAGGAGAGGCUAAAUAACAAAGAUGGUGAGGGUUACAAUCAUCUCAUCUCUCUUUAUGCCCGGCUUGGACAAAAGAAUGAGGUCCUAAGACUAUGGGAUUUGGAGAAAAGUGCGUGCAAGAGAUGCCUAAACCGGGAUUUUGUGACUGUGUUAGAAUCUCUGGUAAAGCUUGCGGAGUUUGAUGAAGCUGAGAAAAUACUGAAGGAAUGGGAGUCCUCUGGUAAUUGUUAUGAUUAUGCAGUUCCUAAUACAUUAAUCAUGGGAUACUCAGAUAAUGGUUUCCCUGAGAAAGCUGAAGCCAUACUUGAAGAUUUACCGAAGAAGGGAAAGGCCACCACCCCAAACUGGUGGACUAUAGUGGCAAGCUCAUAUCUGCAUAAGGGUGAAAUGGAGAAAGCAUUGGAGUGCUUGAAAACAUCCGCCUCUUUGUGUGCAGAAAAUAAAGGGCGGAAACCUAACCCGAAGGUGGUUGCGGGGCUAUUGAGUUGGAUUGGUAAUAAGAGCAGUGUUGAAGAUGCAGAAGUUUUAGUGAGUCUGUUAAGAAACAUUGUCUCAGUAAAUAGUCUAAUGUAUCAUGCCCUAAUCAAGUCUUAUCUACGAGCUGGUAAAGAAGUGGACGAGCUUUUGGAUCGCAUGAAAAAAGAUGACAUUAAUGAAAACGAAGAAACUAAGAAAAUUCUUAGCAUCAAGAAGGCAUAACUAUGGACCACAUUUGUAUUCUUAUGCAUCUCAAUCAUUUAUAGAAAGACAACACAUCAUCGAUAGUUCUCAAUUUCAAUUGAACACAUGAGUCCUUUGUUAUGACUUUUUAUUGGUCCAAACUAUAUAUAUAGUAAAGAUCCAAUAUCCUUUCUUCUA